UCCGUUCCGUCCUACAAACUCCGCACCCCUCUGCUCUCUUCUUCCAUAACCGCCGCGCCGUAGCGUAGCUUCCCUCCUCUCUCCUCCGCUCCGGGGGCCUCGCCGUCGCCGUCGCCGACGCCGACGCCGGCCGAAGUGAAGCGCCGCCCGCGCUCCACGGGGCGUGCGGCUGAUCCACCGAUGGCCGCCAACGAGGGAGACGGGACCGGAGCGGGCGCGGCGCCCACCGUCGUCGGGCUGGCGCUCGGCGGCUCCAAAUCCAGCGCCUACGUCCUCCAGUGGGCGCUCGCCAACUUCGCCAGGGACGACGCGCCUCCCGCCUUCAAGCUCAUCCACGUCCUCACCCCGGUCCUGGCCGUGCCCACGCCAAUGGGGGGCCGCCUCCCGAUUGAUGAAGUCAAGUCCACCGUCCUCGACGACUAUCUCGGGAAAAAGUGGAUCAAGAAGCAGCAAAUGCUGUUCCGCUGCAAAGACACAUGUGAUGAAAACAAGGUUGAAGCUCAAGUACUGCUUGUUGAGGGUAACGAUGUCGCGGAUACCAUUUCCAGUCUUGUUUCUCAGUACCAGAUACAGAUCCUCGUUGUCGGUAACUCUUCCAGCAUGAUCCCGUUCACUAGGAUGUCCAGUGUAACUAGGACGUCCUCCAAAAUCUGCAAGAGUGUCCCCAGCUUUUGCACAGCAUAUGUUGUUUCAAAGGAUGGAUUGUCUUCAGUUUAUGCUUCUGAAUCAGAAAGUGGCUCGCCCUCUGGCUCUCUAGUACCAAAAGGCAACUCCGGGAGCUCCGAGACCGAAGAAUUUAUAGAUUCCUCAAUAUCAGAUUUGGAUGACAGUUCAGGGCGGGGCGUGCCACGCUCCAACUUGGCAUCAGAGAACCUUGAAAGUAUUUCUUCUGUUGAAGGUUUUAAUCUAUAUGAUUAUAUCACUGGAAAUGAAUCAGUAUAUGCCAACAAGGACAGAAAAAUUACCCCAUGCACUGGUGCUCAAAGCUCUAUAUCAAGUCAAUUUCAGGGUUCAGACAAGGUGCCAACAAAAGAAAGUUCACUGCUGGGAUUCAUGCUUUCAGACAACAAGGGUUCGGGCAAGGUGCCAACAAAAGAAAAUUCACUGCUGGGAUUAAUGCUUUCAGAGAACAAGGAUGAUAUCAGUGCAGAGCUUGAAAAGCUGAAGCUUGAACUGGGACAUAUACAGGGAGCAUAUAAACUCGUUCAGGAUGAGUCUGUCGAUGCAUCUCAUCAGGUGAAUGAAUUAGCUGCCAGGCGUAUGGAAGUGGAAGCUCAGUUAAGUGAGAUACAGGCCAGGGUGGAUAAGGCCAAUGACGAUGUACAGGAACAGAUGGCGCAGAGACUCCUCGCAGAGGAGGCAGCAACCCAAGUAAAGGAUCUUGUGAGGGCGGAGGUUAUGCAGAAAAAUAGGCUGCUGGCAAAGGCAUCCAAGGACGCUGAUAGGAAGGCGAGGCUGGAGAAGCUCCUUGUGCUUCAAGGCGACUCGUACUCGACGUUCACUUGGGAAGAGAUUGAUAACGCUACAGCAUCAUUCUCAGAGUCACUCAAGAUCGGAACUGGGUCUAAUGGGACUGUAUACAAGGGCCAUCUCAACCACUUGGAUGUAGCGAUAAAGGUCCUUCAUUCUAAUGACACCUCCAGUACCAAGCAUUUCAAUCAAGAGCUUGAGGUUCUGAGCAGGAUACGCCACCCACACUUGCUGGUGCUCCUGGGAGCCUGUCCGGACAAGGGCUGCUUGGUGUACGAGUACAUGGAGAACGGCAGCCUUGCGGAUCGUCUGCAGCGCAGAAAGGGCACACCAGCGAUCCCAUGGGUUGAUCGCUUCCGCAUUGCCUGGGAAAUUGCUUCAGCCCUGGUGUUCCUGCACAGCGCAAAGCCCAGCCCAAUCAUCCACCGUGACCUGAAGCCUGAAAACGUCCUCCUCGACAGAAACCUAGUGAGCAAGAUUGGUGACGUGGGCCUGUCAACCCUGAUGCCACAGAAGGAGACUCUGUCAAACCGCACGGUGUACAAGAGGACCGGUCUGGCGGGCACACUGUUUUACCUGGACCCGGAGUACCAGAGAAGCGGGCAGGUGUCGGUGAAGUCGGACACGUACGCGCUUGGCAUGGUGAUCCUUGAGCUGCUGACGGCCAAGUCACCGAUCGGACUACCUGAGCUGGUGGAGCGAGCAGUGGAAGACGGCCAGAUUACUGAUGUCUUGGACAAGAGUGCAGGGGACUGGCCCGUGAAAGAAGCGCAUGAACUUGCCCAGCUAGGGCUAAAGUGUUUGGAGAUGCGGAGCAAGGACCGGCCUGACCUCAAGAGCGUGGUGGCGGUGGAUCUGGAACGGCUGAAGCAUGGCACGGCCGUGCCAGGCUUGGCCGGACCGCCCAGCCACUUCAUGUGCCCAAUACUCAAGAAGGUGAUGCAGAACCCGUGCCUGGCGGCGGACGGGUACUCGUACGAGCGCGACGCGAUGGAGAUGUGGCUGUGCGACCAGAACACGUCGCCGGUGACCAAGGCGCGGCUGCGUGACAAGAAGCUGGUGCCUAACCUGUCUCUUAUGAGCGCCAUCGCGAGCUGGAUGGCCCAGGGAGGGAGGCCCCUGAUGGAGUGAGGCUCAUGGUAAAUACUAUGCUAGUCUAACAGAGUGCUGCACAUAUCAUCGGGGCUUGGUUGGGUUUGGGUUGGGAGAGACGGUUUAUGCCAGGUAUAGAAGAGAGCAGAGAGUGGGCUUUUGUGUGUCCGUUCUUUGGUACCAGCUGCUUCUGCGUAACGUGAAGGAGCAAUUUUGCUGCAACCAUACUUGUGUUGGUUAUCAUACCACUACUACUAGGUAAGUACUGUAGAACACUAGUAGAGAUGUCCAGGACCAGGAGAGGAGAGGAGAGGAAACCCUGAGUUGAGUUGGUCUAAAUAGAAUACGGAAAAUUUUGGUUGGAUCGGAUUGGAUUGGAUGGAUGCCGAGGUUAUGCUGUGCUAAUGUCUCUGGCAUUGAUUGAAACUUGGAGGAUAUAUGGCUUUGUCGUCGU